UCAUUCGCAUCUCCACUGCUGAGUAGGUAACAUAUUCGCGCGUUAUUAUUAACAAAAGUGAUAUGUGCAACUGUGAAAAUGAAUUUUGAAGCAAAGAAUUUAUGGAUUUCAAUGAAGUGUUUAGUUUAGAGGAAACUGCGAAUUACAAGCAUAUUUGGAGUAUUUGUGCCUUAAAUAUAUUUUUAAAUAUCCAAGUGUUUUAUCAUACUAAACAGUUUAAUAAGAGCUACGUUUGUUUCAAUUUUAUAUAUGUUUUUGGGAACAUCUCUGUUCCCGAAAUCGUCGGAAGGCUCUUCAAAUACAGCUAAAAUGCUCAAACUUAGUAUUCGACAAUGCUGCAAUGCACAUUGCUCACAGUGGUCGAUAAAAAUGAUUGGAGAAAUAUUGCUGAGUGCGGCUAUUGCCUUGUUCACUUUGGCAUUUUACAAGUGGGCAACAAUAAAUAAUGGAUACUUUGAACGACGCGGUGUCAAAUACACGAAGCCGAAAUUUUUAGUUGGCAAUACGGGCGGAAUGUUCCUUCAGAAAUAUGACGCCAUCGAAUUUGCUAAAAUGGUGUACAACACAUUUCCACAUGAAUCAAUUUAUGGGAUGUUUGACUUCCGUGUUCCACAAUUUGUUGUUCGUAAUCCGGAAACAAUCAAGAAAAUCGGAAUCAAAGAGUUUGAUUUUUUUGAAGAUCAUCGUGCGUUCACCGAUGAAAAAACUGAUAAGCUUUGGGGAAAUUCAUUGUUCAUUAUGAAAGGUGAAAAAUGGCGUCAAAUGAGAGCUACAUUGAGUCCAGCAUUCACCGGAAGCAAAAUGCGUCAAAUGUUUGAACUUGUAUCAGAAUGUGCUGAUGAUGUUGUCAAACAUGUUUUGAAACGUUCGGCCACUGGCGAAACGAUCAACGUUGAAAUGAAGGAAUUUUUUUCACGCUACACGAACGAUGUAAUUGCUUCGUGUGCAUUUGGUAUCAAAGUGGAUUCGCUGGCCGAACCAGAUAAUGAAUUUUUUUUGAAUGGCAAGAAAAUGAUGGACUUCACUGGGAUAAAAAAAAUCGCCAAAAUCAUAAUUAUGAAUAAAAUGCCAGCCCUCGCUCGUGCGCUGAAAAUGCAAAUAAUGGACGAAUUUUUCAGCAAAUCAUUCAAAAAUUUAAUUUUGGAAACAAUGGAAGUGCGCAAGAGCCGUAAUAUCUAUCGGCCGGAUAUGAUUAAUAUUUUGAUGCAGGUGCGCGAAGGAAGUUUAAAACAUCAAAAUGACGAACAAGCUUCGGAAAAAGAAGGAUUCGCAACGGUUGAGGAGUCUGAUGUUGGAAAGGUUACUGUGACUCGCAAGUGGAACGACGAUGAAAUCGUCGCACAGUGUUUUUUGUUCUUCUUGGCAGGAUUUGAAACGUCCUCUACCUUGUUGACCUUCAUAUCCUAUGAACUUAUCGCCAAUCCGGACAUUCAACAAAAACUGUACGAGGAAAUUGUACAAGUUAAUGGUCAAUUGAACGGACAACGUAUCAAUUACGAUGUACUCCAGAAAAUGAAAUAUUUGGAUCAAUUCAUUUGUGAAACACUCAGGAAAUGGCCACCAGCAUUUCAGGUUGAUCGUGUUUGUGUGAAGGAUUACACAUUCGAUGAUGGCGAAGGAUUGACAUUCAAAGUCGAAAAAGGAACACCGUUCCUUUUCCCAAUUUACGGAAUUCAAAAUGACCCGAAGCACUUUCCAAUUCCCGAUAGAUUCGACCCCGAACGCUUCAAUGAAGAAAAUAAAGAUCGCAUCAUUCCGGGUACAUACAUUCCAUUCGGAAUCGGACCUAGAAAUUGCAUCGGUUCCCGUUUCGCACUUAUGGAAGUGAAGGCAAUCUUAUAUUCCUUGCUGCUAAACUUUUCCUUUGAGCCGAAUGAACAGACGCAAAUUCCACCGCAACUAAAACGCAUACCAUUCAACUUGAGCCUACAGAAUGGAAUGCAUUUAGAAUUGAAACCACGAAAAAAUUGAAUGGAAAUCUUGUAAUAAAAUAAAUUAUGGAAUCUUAUGAA